GGGCUUUAUCAAUUGCCGUCUUCGUCAUUUCAGGAGUAGGCAAUACUAAAAUUUCGAUAAGAAUUAAGCAACUAAUAUAUAAAGAACCCUCUUGGCCAAUUGAAAAUCAUUUUAAGCUCGAACCGGCAAAAUGAAACCCAUUUGCCUUGUGCUUUGCGUGUUUUCGCUGUGUUUAAUUUAUUUGGCCAGUGCGGAAAUUGGAGAAUAUGAGGGAGUGCAGACCUUCAAGAAGUACUCCUCCUCCUGCAAGGAGUUGAAGCCCAAGAAGAGUGGUGUUCAAAAGAUCCAAGUGGGAAGCGAUAUAAUCGAGGUCUACUGUGAUGUGACAAUCGCCGGAAAAGGAUGGUUGGUCGUUCAACGGAGAGUCAGUGUUGAAGAGAACUUCUUCCGCAACUGGACUUCCUAUCAGACGGGAUUUGGUGACCUCAAGGGAAACUUCUUCCUCGGUCUAAAUAACCUGAACAAGAUUGCAGCCCUCGAACCUCAGGAACUUUACAUCCAAAUGGUGGACUUCGCGGGAGAAAAGCGAUACGCCCACUACGAUCUGUUCAAUGUGGGCAACGUGUACAGUAACUACUCGAUUACUCAACUGGGCGUGUACAGUGGAACGGCUGGAGACAGCCUGAAGUACCAUCUGAGCCAGCCCUUCAGCACCUUCGAUCGGGAUAACGACAAUAGCACCACAAAUUGUGCCGCCAGGUUCAAGGGAGCUUGGUGGUACAAGGAUUGCCUUUCCAGCAAUCUGAAUGGUGCCUAUCUGGGUGGCAACUACACCGAUCCCGAUCUUCUCGGUUCUGGAAUUGUUUGGGGAGAGUGGAAGGGCUUCUCUUACAGCUACAAAACUGUUAACAUUAUGAUCCGACCAAAAUAAAAACAUAUUUCAAACCCAUACUCAUGAGCAAGUUGCCUUGAGUCUAAAUAAAAUGCUUGAAAUCCAAAACAGAAUUUUUAAUAAAAACUUA